UUUUAAUUUCUCUUUCUUAAAAGACUUCACAUUCUUCUCUUUGCUCUCCCUUCUUUACACUACCCAUAUAUCAUGAAUGGCUAUAGGGAAGACAACUCAUGCUGCUAUUUCCAUCCCAAAGAAGUUGUUGUUGGGGUUUGCCCUUUGUGCUUAAAUGAGAGGCUUCUUAUCUUGGCUUCAAAGCAAGGCCAACGCUCUUCCUCAUCCAGCAGUGGCAACCAUAGAAUUCAAGGUCUUUCACACAAGAAACCUCCCAUCAACCUCCCCAAGAUCUUUGCUUUAGGCUCUGUUCUUCUCAACCGUCUUGAGUUCAAGCAUUGGAAAUCUGAAAAUUCCGGUGACCAUGAUGCUUCCACCAGUCAAGAAGACUCAUUUAUCUCAAUCAAGUUUGAAGAUAAUGGUGUUGCUUCAUGGGAAAAGGGCACAGUUUCUAAGGUCUCACUUGAGCAUUGCAGCAUGUCGUGGAACCCCACCAUGACCAAGGAGAUCACCAAGGAGCCAAAGGAGACCAAUAAGAGUGUGGUAGAGCAUGCGAAACCGCGUGCGUCGCUUAGGUGGCGAAAGAGGAUUGGCCACUUGUUCCAGCUCAUCAGGUGGAAGAGGUCCAGCAAGGGCAAUGUGUGCCACAUGGGCAGCAAGGUAGAGGGAGUCAAGGUGAUGAGGAAGGGCUGGAUAAGGACUCUGACAAAGAGGACCAAAGAAUAAAGAGUUUUUGUAUAGAAAGGGACACUAAGCUUUUCCUCCACCAUACCAUUUUGUGUGCUGGGGCUCUCAUUGUGACUGUAAAGUUCUAUAUAAUUGAGAUGGUAGAGUCAAAAUAUACUUUAUCACCCAAAAGUGCUUUGGUUUAAAGUUCAUUGGCUUCUUCUUGUUAUUCUAUUCUUAAUUCUGAUAAAAACAGAACAAGCUGUAAAAGGAUUGUUACAAUGUGCCCUUGGUUUCAGAUUGGCGUAGAGAAGGGCACAUUCCUAAUACAAAAGAAAUGUUUGUAUA